AUGGGCCCAGGAAAAAGACAAACUUCUUGUGUCAUUAAAGAUUUUAAACCAGAAUCUUCAACAGUAUCUACAGAGACAGAUUCAACAUCAAUAUCAACAGAAUUUUCUGAUAAUCAAACAACUCCAAGUUUUUUUCUUUUGAAUGUAAAAAAACUUAAUUUAAAUGAAUAUCAACACACUACAGCACAAAAACUUGAAGUAGUAAAUAAUAAGAGAAGACAACAUGAUUUACCAAUGCUAGAAUUAGAUGAUUCAACUAUCAAAAAGAUUGUCACCUUUUUAGCAUCAAUUGUGCUAACAUUUGCUUUUCCUCUUAAAAAAAUCUGGACAACACAAAUAAUGUCAUCACUAUGUCAAAGUCAUAUCCUUCAAGAUCAUUUAUCUGAAUUUAAUGAAUAUUUUGUAGAAAAUUUUCA